UCCCUAGUGUUUAAUGUGUGCAGGGCAUAAAAAAAGUUACCCACAAUACUUUAGACGUUAAUUUUCUAGAAGUUAAGUUAAUUUUCUAAGUUUAACCACCCGCAAAUUACAGAAAAACUACAAAGAAAUGAGAGCGUGGAAUCUGCGAAAAUGUUAUUACACGGCGGUAUUUAUGAUAUUAUAUGUGUUCUAUCAUCCCGCAGAUAGCGGGGCGGUAUCUUUGACCAGUGAAAAUAUUGACAUGACAUUAGCCUCCAAUGAAUUGGUAUUUUUAAAUUUUUAUGCUGAAUGGUGUAGAUUUAGUAAUUUAUUAGCACCCAUAUUUAAUGAGGCUGCAGAUAAGGUCCGGGAAGCCUUCCCCGAUGCCGGCAAAGUAGUCCUAGGCAAAGUUGAUUGUGACAAGGAGACAGCAAUUGCCUCACGUUUUCACAUAACCAAAUAUCCCACGUUGAAAAUUGUGCGCAAUGGCCAGUUGUCAAAACGUGAAUAUCGUGGCCAACGUUCGGCCGAUGCAUUCCUGGAAUUUGUAAAGAAACAAUUGGAAGAUCCCAUCAAGGAAUUCCAUUCACUGAAAGAUUUAGAAACAUUAGAUUCUAAAAAACGUAUUAUCAUUGGCUAUUUCGAUCGUCGUGAUCAACCGGAAUAUGAUACAUUCCGCAAGGUUGCCUCAAAUCUCAAAGAUGAAUGCCAGUUCCAUGUUGGUUUUGGUGAGGCUGCCCAAGCAAUGCAUCCGCCGGGUGGUGAAAAUAAACCCCUAGGUAAUGCAAUACAUAAUAUAACUUUAGGUCAUCCCAUCAUUGUAUUCCGUCCCGAUGUGGCGUUGACACAUGAAAAUGACGAAACCUACACUGGCAGUCUGAAAAAUUUCGAUGAACUGAAAAUAUGGAUACAGGAAAAAUGUGUACCACUGGUGCGGGAAAUUACCUUUGAAAAUGCCGAAGAAUUAACCGAAGAAGGUUUACCUUUCUUGAUUCUAUUCCAUCAUCCCGAUGAUACAAAUUCCAUCAAGGAUUACAAGGCUAUCAUUGAACAACAGCUGAUGGAUGAGAAACAAAAUGUCAACUUCUUAACGGCCGAUGGCAAACGUUUUGCCCAUCCGCUACAUCAUUUGGGUAAAUCCGAAGAAGAUUUACCAAUUAUUGCCAUUGAUUCCUUCAGGCACAUGUACUUGUUCCCCAACUUUAAGGAUAUGUACCAACCGGGCAAAUUGAAGCAAUUCUUGCAGGAUUUAUACAAUGGCAAAUUGCAUAGGGAAUUCCAUUAUGGUCCAGAUCCAGUGACAAAUGAAAUCCAAGUCGAUGUGAACUCAAAUACAUCACCGCCCGAGUCAACAUUCAAGAAAUUGGGACCAUCUAAAAAUCGCUACACUCUAUUAACAAAAGAUGAACUGUAAAUUAUAUUCCUUUCAACUUUAAAAUUGUUUUUCAACACACUACAAAUUCCACUUUUUCGGAUUUGUGGAUGUGCUGAAACGUUUUUUUCAAUUCCAUAUAUUCCUUCCUUGUCUAAAAGUUUGCUGAAAACAAAAGGAGAAAACCUUUCAACAGAUUCUUUUUCCAAUACAGAGAAACAAAUUUGAAACAUUUUUUACUUACAAAAGGUCCUUGAAACUAAAUAUUUAUUUAUAAUAUGAUAUUGAAUUGAUUGUUUCCUGCCCCUCUCCUCCCCUUCCACACCACAACUCUUCAAAUGCUAAUAACUAUUUUGUUGAUUCAAGCAAUCAUUGUGAUUUUUAUGUGCGCCUUCUUUGUGUUUUCUUUUUUUGUAAUAAAUGAAACAACUUCUCUGCUGAAUAUUUGGACUCGUAUUAACUGUAGAAAGAAAAUCUAAAUAUGAAGUAUAUUUUCUUUAUAAACUUUAGAUUAUAUAUAAAUAGAGGCCAAUAAUUACCCUAAAUUUUUCCUCAGUUUGCCUAAAGUUUUUUUGUUUGAAAUAUUUCACUAUUUUCUGUUUUGUUUUUAAAUUAUUGGCAUGUUUUUUUUCUCCUAAAAUCCACACACACAAAUAUUUACAGAUUAUUUAUUUGUUUGGCUUGGCAUUUAACCACAUUUUUUUGAAGUGUUUUUCAUAUAAAUAUAUAUUUUUCUUUUUUGGUAUACGUUUACGUUUUAGCAAGCAUUUGAUUAUAAAUUGAAAACAUUAACACAACAACAAAAAAAAAAUGUAAAACACUUUAUAUAGUUUGUAUUUAAAUAAUGAAAAUGAUGAUGAUGUAUUAU